AUGCGCCUUCAUAACGUCGACAAGAAUGUCGAAGACUUGUCGGCCAUGACCCCACAGAGCUCGUGGCAUUCCUCCGAAAAGACGCCACAAACUCCAAUCGCAGAGGAAGAGGAACACAGUCGACAGCUAGAGCCACCACGGCAGCUCGAGUUUGUACCUCCUAAUGGAGGGUUCGAAGCAUGGUUGCUGGUCUUUGCGGGCUUUCUCGUCUUUGCCAACGUCUGGGGCAUCGUGAGCACGUUUGGGGCGUUUCAAGCAUUCUACAUCAGAGACCUGCUUUCUACCGAGUCGGCAUCAGCAAUUUCAUGGGUCGGUAGCGUACAGGCUUUUCUGGUCGUCUUUACGGGCGUGUUUGGCGGUCCCCUCUUCGAUCGUGGCUAUCUCAGAUCGCUUGUCUUCACUGGUUGCCUCCUCACCGUGUUCGGCAUGAUGAUGACAAGCUUGGCCAAGUCCUACUACCAAGUCUUCCUUGCGCAGGGGAUCUGUGUCGGCUUGGGGGCCGGGCUAUCCUAUGUCCCGACCUUAGCCCUCAUCUCGACGUACUUCACGACCAAGCGCCCCAUCGCAAUUGGGAUCGCGGCGGUAGGCUCGAGCGUCGGCGGAGUCAUCUUUCCCAUCAUGUUUCGCAGAUUGCAGCCCCAGAUUGGCUAUGGCUGGACCGUCCGUUGUAUUGGCUUUAUCAACCUGGCUUUCGCUGUCGUCAUCUGCCUCAUUCUCGGCAGACAUAAGAAGGACGGAGGGGGUCAAGCGCGAUCUUUAUGGGAUCUGACAGCACUCCGCGAGCCCAUCUUCCUUCUGUGGACCACCUCAUUGUUCUUCCUCUUUUUGGCCUACUACAUCCCUCUUUUCUUCAUUGUCUCCUGGGCACGCUGGGAGCUGGACACAUCCGAGGACAUGGCAUUCUACAUGCUCGCCAUCUUGAACGGGGGAUCGUUCCUCGGUCGCACGUUUCCAUACCUUCUGGGCCAGCGGGUGAAGCCAGUCUACACCCUCAUCUUCUCUGCCAUCCUCGGCACCGUCCUCUUGUUUUCCUGGAUUGCCAUUCACAGCUCGGCGGCAUUUAUUGUCUGGUGUAUCCUCUGGGGAUUUGUCGCGGGGGUCCUGGUCACAGCUCCGACCUCCACAAUGCCGCAUCCUGUGAUAUCACCAAAUAUGAGCGUGAUUGGCACAAGAAUGGGAAUGAGCUGGAGCGCCGCCGCCGUGGGAUCGAUUAUUGGAUCGCCCAUCGCUGGGGCCCUUGCCAACGUCGCUUCUGGAGACUUUCUCCAUGCGCAAAUAUUUGUCGGUGUCGUCAUGGCAGCAGGGGCCAUUUGCUUGAUUCCGCCAUUGCUCGCAAUUGAGAAACAUGACCGCAAAUCUAAAAGUUGA